AUGGAUGCGACGGCUGCGAACAUCGCAAACACUGCGUACAAUCAGGAGACGAGUCCCAAUGGCACGUCAAAAUUGUCUCACCACUCUCCAGGCGACGAUGAUCACGAGGUUUGGAGCGCUGGCGAGGAAGAGAGUGGCGAGGAUGGCGGCAGAAGCCAGAGCGGCUCGAAGCGCAAACGCGAGAAGCUGAGCGUGAGCUGCGAGACGUGCAAGCAACGCAAAGUCAAAUGCGAUCGCGGUCAUCCAGCGUGUGGUUGGUGCCUGAAGAAUCACUCGACAUGUAUUUACCUACCGCGCAAGAAGCCAGGCUUGAGAGCUGGCUAUGGACGUGAGCUUGAGGCACGCCUGGACAAGCUCGAAAACCUCAUUGUACAGCAGCAGUCGCAGAUCAACCACCUGUCGCAGAAUCAGAUCGCAGCGUCCGGGCCAUCCCCGCAAGAAGUGGCCACUUUUCGGAGCCCACCAGUCAUCCAGACGCCCCACAUCCCCCGUCCCGAGACUGCGCUCUUCAUACAGAAGCCGCAAUCGACGUUUCCCUCCCAGAAUGCAAUACAGAAUGGCUUUGGCAACACUUUGGACGCCAGAUCGGCCUCGAUAUCAGGCAAUGGUUACAGUGGUCAGCCUGAGGAGACGCAGCCUGGGUUGGGAGGCAUGCAACGAGAUGGAUACACGCCCUUCAUCACUGAUCAGUUUGCGCCUUCCAUGUCGAGAGCGCUAGGUCAAGCUGAUGCAGACUUUCCGCCGUACGACCUGUUGUAUGGGCUGGUCGAUCUGUUCUUCAAGCACAUAUACCCCUGGUGCCCUAUCUUGCACCGACAGUCAACACUCAACUCGUUGUUCGGCGAUUCAAGCUUGGACGAGGCGGAUCGCAUCAUACUGCACUCAGUCGUGGCCACCACUGUCAAGUUCUCGUCUGAUCAGCGAUUGACCCCCGACAAGCGAGCACGAUAUCACAAGAACUCAAAAGAGAAGGUCCUACUCUACGGCAUCGAGAACAGCUCUGUCAAGUCUUUGCAGGCGCUCGUCAUCCUCGCGCUUGACGUGGUUGGGUGCUCCAACGGGCCUCCAGGGUGGAACCUGCUUGCCCUCAUCACACGAUCUGUGGUGCAGCUGGGGCUGUCCAUGGAGACUUACUCGCCAAUGGUUGCCCCACAAUAUGCGUCCAUUUAUACAUUGCGCGCGAACGUGCUACCCACCCCCAAAGACUGGAUCGAGGAAGAGAGUCGUCGCAGGCUGUUUUGGAUGAUCUAUGUUCUCGAUCGCUAUGCGACAGUGGCAACUGCAUUUGAAUUUGCGCUGGACGAGAACGAGAUCGACCGACGACUCCCUUGCCGAGAUGACCUCUACGCUCGCAACGUGCCUAUCGAGACCAGAUGGUUCCAUACCAAGACCAGGACGGAUUACAGCAUGAACCGACCCGAGAACCUGGGAUCGUUCUCCUACUACGUAGAGAUCCUCGGGAUCUUGACUCGUAUUCACAAGUUCUUGAAGAAGCCGGUGGAUAUCACAUCAUUGUCUGAUGUCGAGAAAUGGCAGAGCGAGUACCGAGAGCUUGACAAUGCCAUUGAGCAAUGGAAGUACAACCUACCUGCUGAGUAUGGUAACUCAGCGAGGGUAUUCUCGAAACCAGGAGGCAACAAGACCCUUAACAGCGGCCUGGUGAUGUUGCACGCUGCUUUCCAUACGACUGUCAUUCGUCUUCACUCGUCCGCAGCGUACCCAACCCAUCGCUCACCCAUCUUCACGCCGUCUUUCAGUGCCAGCCAGCGGUGUCUGAGUGCUGUAGAGAACAUCACAGCGCUGUGCGCUUCGGUGCGCGACAGCGGUUUGCUGACAAAACUUGGUCCACCCUUUGCUUUCUCAUGCUGGGUAGCAGCGCGUGUACUCUUGGUGCAUGGCUCAACAAUUGAUCACCGCGUCGAUUCGUCGAUCAACAUCCUGGUCAGCACCCUCCAAGACCUAGGUCAAUAUUGGGAGGUGGGCGCACGCUAUGCAAAUCUCCUGUCUCGAGUACUAUCCGAGUAUCAAGAAUCGCAGCAUAGCGCCGGCAUGGGCGGCGAGCGCGUCACACCUUCAACAGUCAAGAUCUUGGCCGACAUGCGACGAUGCGCAUUCGAUCUCGACUUCCUCAUCGCACGCCAACCGAAGUUUGACGGCGCCGCUGGCAUGCCAUCUGUGACGCCAGCUCGCACUCCAGCGCCUAACGAACUGGAGUAUCUCGAUGUAUUCGACUUCUUCAACAUGCCGCGACUCCCCGUCUCGAUGGACACCAUGACUACAUAUCCCACAACAGAUGGGAAUAUGCAAAUGCCAGAGGGUGGCUACGGCAACGAGACCAAUAUCACAAACUACAUGGUCGAUGCUAGCUCAGAUUGGUUCAUCAAAGGCUCCGCGUAAUCAUCGUAUUUCGUCUGGUUUUGGUGUUAGCUAUUGGUCCGGAAAAGCGAAAACUGGACUUCGGUCUUCUGGGGACGUCUUGCGAUUUUGUAUAUGCUUUGGCGGCUUCCAGGCUGUCAAAAAUCCUCUACAUUCCUAUAGAUACCCCUUACUAUUGCCUCGACAAUAUCAAUACUUGAG